AUGAUCUGUAGAUUUAUUGCAUUCAAUUCGAGCAAAGUGUCCCGUAUUCUCUCUCCUUUCCCGUCCCUCUUAUCCACUAAAUCCUCCUUCUCCGUCGCCAAACUCGACGAUGAGCUACUCUCCACUACCAAUAUCACCUCCGACCACAAAGAUUGCUUAUAUCAGGAGGUUCUCUCUGGGAUGAAGAAGACUGGGUUCCGGGAGUAUCUCCACGGGCAUCUCUUUCGAGGCUUGGUUUCGGGUUUGAAGCAAACUCAUGUCGAAGAAAUCAUGAGUGAAUUGAUGGAUGAAAGCCCAGAUCUUUCGGUUUGGUUUUUCAAAGAGCUGAGAGAUAUUUAUGGGUUUCGCCAUUCGAGGUUUUCCACAUUGUUGGUUUCUCAUAUUUUAGCCGGUCAAAGACGUUUCAAAGAGCUUCAAGCGAUUAUGGAACAGCUGCUCCAAGAAGAAGGCAAGUCCACUCCUUUUGUCUUUUCUUCAUUCUCAGUGGAAAGCUCUGGUUCAGCAUAUUUGAUCUGCGAGGUUCUCUCUAAAAGCUUCAGAAACUGGGAUUCUACGAACGUAGUUUGGGAUAUGUUGCUGUUUCUUUCAUCGAGACUAAAAAUGGUUGAUGAUUCCCUCUAUAUCCUGGGAAAGAUGAAGGAUCUGAGCUUGAAUGUGUCGACACAAGCAUACAACAGUAUUUUGUAUAACUUCAGAGAUACAGAUAAGAUGUGGGAUGUGUACAACAGAAUCGAUGGGAAGAACGAGCACACAUACUCAACAGUUGUUGAUGGACUGUGUAGGCAACAAAAGCUAGAAGACGCAGUUUUUUUCCUCCGAGCUUCAGAGUGGAAAGAUAUUGGCCCCUCUGUAGUUUCUUUCAAUAGUAUAAUGUCGACUUACUGUAAAUUGGGUUUUGUAGAUAUGGCCAAGUCUUUUUUCUGUACAGUUUUGAAAUGUGGGUUGGUUCCUAGUGUAUAUACUCACAAUAUACUCAUCAACGGGCUCUGUCUAGCUGGCGCUAUAGAGGAAGCUUCUGGAUUGGUGGGUUGCAUGAACAAGCAUGGAGUGGAGCCUGAUACUGUGACAUACAAUAUUCUUGCGAAAGGUUAUCAUCUUCUUGGUAAGAUCAGUUUGGCUUCCGAGGUUAUUAAACAGAUGCUGGAUAAAGGUUUGAGUCCUGAUGUUAUCACAUACACGAUAUCAUUAUGUGGGCAAUGUCAGUUAGGAAACAUUGACGAGGGGUUGAGAUUGCUGAACGAUAUGUUGUCGGAGGGAAUUGAGCUAAAGAGCGUCAUCCCCUGCAGUGUAAUGCUCACUGGUUUAUGUAAAACAGGACGGAUCGAGGAAGCUUUGUCGUUAUUCCGUGAUAUGAAAGCCAAUGGUCUCAGUCCUGAUCUCGUGGCAUAUUCUAUUGUGAUCCAUGGUCUCUGCAGAUUAGGAGAAUUUGAAAUCGCUGUUUGGCUUUACGACGAGAUGUGUUCCAAAAGAAUUCUUCCAAACUCAAGGACAGUUGGUGCUAUGUUGCUUGGUUUAUGUCAGAAAGGGAUGCUUCUUGAGGCAAGAGCGCAUCUCGAUUCUCUGAUAUCAGCUGGCUACAGACUAGAUAUUAUUCUGUACAAUAUCGUAAUCGACGGGUAUGCAAAGUCUGGUUGCAUUGAGGAGGCGUUAGAGCUAUUCAGGGUAGUGAUUAAGAGUGGGAUAACUCCUAAUGUUGCGACUUUCAAUUCUUUGAUCUACGGGUAUUGCAAGACCCUGAAUAUAGCCGAGGCUCGAAAAAUCUUGGAUGCCAUCAAGUUAUAUGGAUUGGUUCCAAGCGUCGUGAGUUACACAACUCUGAUGAACGCAUAUGCUAACCGUGGAGACACUGAAAGCGUAGAUGAACUGCGCCUGGAAAUGAAAGCAAAAGGAAUCACACCGACCAAUUUCACAUACUCGGUGAUCAUCAAAGGGCUUUGCAUAGGCAAGAAGCUCACGAAAUACAAGCAGGUACUCAGGGACAUGAUCUCUAAAGGUAUAACUCCGGAUCAGGUCACUGACAAUACAAUCAUUCAGUCUCUAUGCAGGGUCAAAGAUUUCUCCAGAGCAUUUGAGAUGUUUGAAGUAAUGAAAUCUCCUACCCCUGCAACUUAUAAUAUCCUAAUCGACGGCCUUUGCUUCCACGGCUGCAUAGAGAAAGCUGAUAGUUUUCUUAAUUCGCUUCAGGAGCGGGAUGUUAGUUUAUCGAAGUUUGCGUAUACCACACUGAUCAAGGCACAUUGUGUAAAAGGUGACCCUGAAACUGCAGCGAAGCUCUUUCUUCAGCUGCUAGACAGAGGAUUCGAUGUCUGUAUCAGGGACUACAGUGCGGUGAUCAAUCGUCUGUGUAGGAGAAAAUUGACAAACGAGGCUAAAUUCUUCUUUCGUCUAAUGUUAUCACGGGGUGUUUCGCCUGACUUAGACAUCUGCAGAGUGAUGAUCAGGUCAUCAGAUGUGUUUGCCUGGACAAUCAAAUCUGGUUUGUUGCUGAUUAGUAGUAAUCAGCGGAAUGGUCUGUUGUCCCAUCUUAUCUGCUAG